AUGAACGUCACGUCACUACUAAACACGUCGGGAGCGGCGCAGGCCGCCGGCGCGAGGCGCGCUUCGGGCCCGGUUACCUUGGGUGGCUAUGAAGGAGGAGACAGGAUGAUGCCGGUGCGGACUUCCAGUGAAUCAAGGUUGCCCGGCCGAAGCAGGACACCGUGGGAUGCCGGAGGAUACUCUCUACCAUUGACUCUGAAUGUCAAGAAUGUGCAGAACUCACCAGCAGCCAAGCCCUCCUUCUACACGGAGGCGACACCGGUUGACAGCGUCGGCUCGACCAGCCCAAAGUCACCAAAGCACAAGUUCUCGGACAGCCGCAGCAGCCUCUCCUCGUACACGACGAUGUCGUCAAAUACCUCGAGUCACUCUCGAUCGCACUCGAGAAUCUCGUCACUGUCCACAGUGAGCGAGUAUCAGCCGAUGAACUCGUUCAUGUCUGACUCGACCCCGACCGAAAGGAGGAUGUCCGAUCCCGACUCUGGGAUGACGUGCCCUACUGUGGUUGAGAUUCAGCCUCCUUCGCCAUCUAGGAGAGGGUUCGAGGACGUGUCGCCCGAUGCCUCGGACAAUGAUAGCCCAAUGCAUUCAGACCGACCUCGAUCACCCUCAGAUGCAAUCCUGGUUCGAAAUCGAGGGCUUGCUGGAAGCGCAAGUCCAAGCGAUUCCAAGAUCAUCAACUCUUUCCUGAGGCCUGAUUCACCCUCGGCCUCGAUUUCCAGAGCACACAAGAGAACCGUCUCAGCUCCUGAUUUCCCAUCCCUUCAGCAACGGUCACACCACUACCCGUCGUUUGGGCCGAUGGCUGAGCCGACACCCCCCAAGUCACCGCAGGCCGACGAGCAGCAAUCAGUUGGGUCUGACACCGCGAUGCCGACUUCCCCGGCCGACAACACUCAGGCCACUCCGGCCACUCCGGUCUUGCCUCGCUCUACCCCUCCUGAGCCCAAGUGCAUGUUUGUUGACCCCUGCACUACCGGAUCUUCGCUCCGCAAGGCCAUUUCUCACAUCUUUGGCCGAAACAAGCUUUGCACCAAGGCCAUUCCUCAUGGCAUCUGGGUCCACUACUGCCGCAAGCACUACCAACGGUCUCGGUACCGCAACGCUACCGACUACGCCAUUCGACAAGUCGAGCUUGUCUUGAUCCAGAUCGAGAAGGUUCACGGCUGGAGUGAGGAGAACAUCAAGACCGGCCGUCGAGGAGAAGGCGUGCUCAAGCACUGGACUCUUCAGGCUCGUAAGCGCGAGGCUAAGCGUCUUCAAGAGUCCGACUCCCGAAAGCGUCGUUUCAACGACGAAGACGACGACGACCAGGAGUUCAGCAGUGGAACCGCGAUUCCCGGCUGGCUGCAGGACAAGCUGAACAAGGAUUACGGAACGGAGGAGAUGCUUGCAAUCAUCAAGGACGUCAAGGCCCGAAUGGACUCCGGAGAGAUCCAGCAGAUUCCCGACAUCGAGAUCCUGCCUGAGAUCAUCACUGAUGGCAACGAGGCCCGGCCCAGGGCAACUGUCCGUCGCACCGGCAGCAACAGCAGCGGCCACCGUCAUACCAAGUCUGAGGUCUACCGUGCCCCUCCUUCCAUGAGCAGCUACAAUGGCCGCCCUGGUAUGUCCUUCGGUCAGGAUAACAAGCGCUUCCGUACAGGCGCCAGCACUUACCAGAUGCCCAUCCACAACCUGGCCCACCGCUCCCUCGGUGGAAUGAACCAGGGUUAUCCAUACCAAAUGGGCAACGGUUUUGCGGCCAUCGCGGAGAACCAAGCCGACCCCAACUUCUGGAACCCCCAGCCUUACAGCAGCAACACCGUCCUGCCUGCUCCUGUACCUCAGCGCCACGUCAGUGUGCCCAUGACCCCGGACAACAACGCCGUUCAAUCCUAUGCGCCUCAGAGCCGUCCCAUGCACGUUAGAAGCGUGUCAGAGAACCCUGUGCUGCACAACUCGGGACAUGGCCCCACCGGAUUCCGCCCUUACGCCUCGCAGCCCAAUCAGGGCUUCCAGCAGCAGGAGAUGUUCGCGAACUACCAGCCGCCUCAGGGUUAUGGCGGCCCUCCGACUUACCAGGGACAGGGAUAUGACCCUAACAUGGGAUCCAACGAUCCUAAUGCCCGGUUCUUCGGCCCAAUCGAUGGAACCUUCGAUGGCUCAGCCGACUGGGACAGCCCGCGCAACGGCCACGCUCGCGUCCAGAGCACCUCUUCUAUGCACCCUGCGCACAUGCAGCGACACCUGUCCAUGUCCGGUGGCCCUCCCUCGAUGAGCUCCCUCCCGUCGAUGAACGGCAUGGGAAACAACGGCAUGCCUGCGUACGGCUAUGGAGAGUACCAGCAGCACCAGCAGCAGCACCGCUACUAG